UUGAUAUCCAAUUACUACUAGCGCGCAUGCGCGGGAAACACUGCGCUGCAGGACACUUGAACGUCGGGGAUUGUAGUUCGCCCGCCCGGUCGCGUUACGCAACAUGGCGCCGCCGUAUCGCAAGACGGGAAGAGGCGUCAAACCGGCGUGAACAACGCCGCAUGUCCUCAUUUUCACACCUUAUUCAUGCCUGUGUGGCUUCUCGUCUCCCCCCCCGUGGUGUAAAGGAUGUCACAUUAACGCCGUUUCUACGCAACGCCGAAGUGUAACGCGCUUGGCCACAACGCGGGCGGGCGGGGAGCGAGAGAGAGAGCCGAAACCCACUAAAGACUACAACUCCCAUAGCGACCCGGACCGAGGCAUGUUUCGGAAGUAAAGUUACGUUGGUAAAAGUUCCAACUGUUUUGCGAUCAUCGGAAUGCGGCGAUUAUUGUGUAUUCGCAAAGUUUUUGUUGGGGGGGGGGCGACCGCGCCGCGUUUAUUUUCACGAUCCCUUCCGGCCGAACGUUCGGGAGCCGGCGAAACGACGGCCCGGUUCGGCUCGACCGACGUUAGCGCAUGUAGCUUAGCUCGCUUAAGCUAGCUUUGUCGCGUCAUGGCAGCCCGUGCCGACUCGGCUGCCGCGAGCUGGUCUGACAGCGGCUGUCUUCGGGGGGGGGGGGGAAACGCUGCCCGAGAUCGGAGGAUUAAAACAGACGACUUUGAAAUAAUAAUAAUAAUAAAAUUUUUUAAAAACAAUACAUUUUCAAAGCUUUCGUUUGUUUAGCGGCUUCACAAACCGACGCACUUCUCGGCGGCGGCGGCGGCUUACCUGGGUGACGUAGCCGGCUACCGCUACACGAACACUAAGGGACCGUCGGCUGAAAGGCGAAGUUGGCCGCUGAAGGAGUUUGUAAUGCCUGCCCCGAGGCUCGGCGCCGGGGUAACUAUGUGGCAGGGGAGGGGGGCGGCGGCGGAGGGAGGAGGGGGGGGGCACAAGAGCAUGAUUGUGUUUCGCCCGUCAGUCGGAAUGGGGCCGUAAGCUAAAGAAGUGCCGAGAUAUUUUAACAGGUACGCGCCGCCUCCGUUAUUCGUCGGAUCCAUUUGAUCGCCGGUGAAUCCCGCCGCGAGGAACGCGCGAGCCGCCGGUGGUGACAAAAGCGUGAUUGUGUCUCCUUCGUCGGGGGGAGGGGGGGGCACGAGAGCGCAGGAUACAUUUUGUUAUUCAGUAACAUGUGGCCUUCGUCGUUCGUGCUGUACGUGUAUGAAUUGACACACGCGUUCAAAUUCCGAGGGAGUUUUGGGGAAUUUGGGAGCGCGCGGGUUGCCAUUGCGCUGACGAUGACGACGAUGAACGCGGGGCUCCUUGUGUUUCCGAACGUGUCACUGGCUCAUCAGCGGACCUUGCGCGCGCGGCGGCUUGCGUUGGGCUUUCGGAUCUGCCCUCCGGGACGCGUGGACGUGACACUGUAGUUAGUCUCGCAAACAGUGGGAUCUCUUCUUUGUUGAUCCCCAAACCCCAGCUAAGGCCGAACCAGCGGUUUGGAUGCAGGUUGUGUGUGCACUGCUGUUCUUCGGCCUGGUGGGGGCACUUGCUGCAUUGCAGAAGGACCAAGUGGCCCAACAUGCCAUCAAGCUUCAUCGGGGUCGGGGGGUCACACACGGCCACAGCUGGGUGGCCGGCAACUGCAAGCGGCUGGUGGGCCUGCUGCGUCAGAAGAGCACAGCGGUCAGGAAGCUGGCAGUUGCAGCAGAUGCCGCUGGACGAGACCGGGCACUCUCAGACCCUGAGAGACUCUUCCAGGUGCACACACUGGAGGUGUUCCAGAAGGAGUUGAAUGAGAGCGAGCACUUGGUCUUUCAAGCUGUGCAUGGCCUGCAGAGGGUGCUGCAGGGAGACUACAGGGAUGUGGUCAACAUGAAGGAGAGCAGCCGACAGAGACUGGAGGCGCUUAGAGAGGCAGCCAUCAAGGAGGAACAGGAGUAUGUGGAGCUGGUGGCAGCUGAGAAGCACCAGCAGGAAGCUGCAAAGACUGCUUUAGCCCAGAACAAGACACUGUCCAUGCUGGAUGAGAUCCUGGAGGAUGUCCGAAGGGCAGCAGACCGGCUGGAGGAAGAGAUUGAAGAGCAUGCCUUUGCCAACAACAAACAGAUGAAGGGAGUGAAUGUAGAGGCAGUGCUGAGAGUAGAAGAGGAUGAGGAGGAUGGGGGAAAGAGAAAGAAUGUUUCAAGGCAUAGAGAGGUGGAGGAUGACUUGGGACUGAGCAUGCUCAUUGACUCCCAAAACAACCAGUAUGUCCUGACCAAACCACGAGACUCCACCAUGCCAAGAGCAGACCAUCACUUCAUUAAGGACUUGGUGUCAGUGGUGAUGCUGUCUCUGCCCUGUGGUUGGCUUUGUACUCUGAUGGGUCUACCACCAAUGUUUGGCUACAUCAUUUGUGGAGUCCUACUAGGGCCCUCUGGCUUGAACAGCAUCAAGUCUAUGGUCCAGGUAGAGACUCUUGGUGAGUUGGGUGUGUUCUUCACUCUCUUCAUGGUGGGAGUAGAGUUCUCCCCAGAGCGCCUUCGCAAGGUAUGGAAAACAUCAGUGCAAGGGUCCUGCUACCUAAGUCUACUGAUGGUGGGAGCCGGCUUGUUAUGGGGGCAGUUGCUCCAUAUUCGACCCACCCAGACAGUCUUCAUCUCCAGCUGUCUUUCCUUGUCCAGCACGCCGCUUGUAUCCCGCUUCCUUGCAGGGGGGGCCAGAGGAGAGAAAGACGACGACCUGGACUACAGCAGUGUGCUCCUGGGGAUGCUGGUGAUGCAAGACGUUCAGCUCGGCCUCUUUAUCGCCGUUAUGCCCACUCUCAUCCAGGCACAGAGUGGAGACUUGGACAGCCUUCUGUUCGGGGGUCUCCGCGUGCUCUUCCUCCUUGCCCAGGUCCUGGUCUCAUUGGCUGCUGUGCUGCUGCUUUGUGUGCUGCUCAAAUCAGUCCUGAUUGGUCCCUACUACAAGAAACUCCAUGCUGAGAGCAAGGGCAACAAGGAGAUCCUGGUCCUGGGGAUAACCGCUUUUGUCUUUUUUAUGCUGAUGGUGACAGAGUUUCUGGAUGUUUCAAUGGAGCUGGGCUGUUUCCUGGCAGGCGCGUUGCUGUCUUCCCAAGGCCACAUGGUCACAACUGAGGUUGUGGGAUGCAUCGAGCCAAUCAGAGAUUUCCUCGCGAUCAUCUUCUUUGCUUCUAUAGGUCUCCACGUGUUCCCUACAUUUGUGUUGUACGAGCUCACCAUCCUGCUGGUGCUAACACUGACACUGGUCAUUAUGAAGUUCCUGAUGGCCGUGCUGGUGCUUUCGGUCAUUUUGCCACCGGGCUCUCGACACAUCCGCUGGAUUGUGUCGGCUGGCUUGGCCCAAGUCAGCGAAUUCUCUUUUGUCCUGGGCAGCCGUGCCCGUCGUGCCGGCAUCAUCUCCAGAGAGGUAUACCUGCUGGUUCUCAGUGUCACCACCCUGAGUCUGCUCCUCGCUCCGGCGCUGUGGAGAGUCACCACACACAAAUGGGUCCCCCGAGCCGAACGCAAAUCAGUCACCUGACCGGCGGCAAAGGCGUCUGCAUGUCCCUGCAAUACGUGUGUGUGAUCAGAUCAGAAUAC